AUGUCUUCCUCAAAGACAUCAGUCGCAUCCUCGGUGCAGUCUUUCGCAUCCGACGACGACAAUAGUGUCCUCGCCGACGGUGCACACUUUGAAGAGAUCGGACUAGAUGACGACACCAUCACGCUCUCGUCCGCUUAUGGCCGCGAGUUACCUGCCUCAAAAGCCAGUCCGCCAGCCCAUUCCUACAUGUCGCCACUCGCUGCAGAAGUUCGAGCCAAUGCCACACGGCACUCUUCCCACAAGCAACAUCCUCAUGCACAGACACGCGAGCUGGCAAGGCCGCGCUCUCAUCGAGACAUCACCUCUACCCCCAAGACGCGACCUCCGUUUGCUGCCACACAGACCCAUUUUCGCGACACCAGCACACAUGGACUGACAGGAGGGAUUGGGCCCGAUCUCUUCCGCGGCCCGAACGCCAACCGCGGACUUGCCAUCCGGUCCUCCAGCCUCAGCGUACACCAUCGCCGGCGCAGUCCGAGUCCCAACGUUGCACCGCGUUCGGUCAGCCCUUCGAACCCGCAGACGGUAAUGCCCACUCGACGAAGGAGCUGGCAACCUCAUCAGGAUCGCAAGACUGCACAAGAGCUCGAGCGGGAGUGCGACGACGAUGACGACGACAACAUUCCGGACGGAUUCAUACUUGACAACGUGCCUCUCUCACCACGCCCGGCGACCGAGAGAGCAUCAAGCCGCGCCAGCUCGGCCACCCCUUCUCCGCAGAGAUCCCCUGAGCGAUCGCCGAAAGAGCGAGUCCGCAGUAUAGGCAAUGGUACACCAGCAGUAGCCGUGGCCAGCGGGUCUUUGCGCUCGCCAUCAUGGAAGUCCGAUAUCUCGGUGAACAGCUCGAAAUCUAGCGGCUCAACCUCAGGACAGGGCCGUGCCAAGAGCUGGUCUGCUGCUGCGUCGUAUCUGAACAGUGAGGCGAAAUCUCUGACAGAUAAGCUGGAGGAAUACGCCGACGAAAUGGCAAACAAGACGUCAGAAUCCGGCCCAAAACGAAUCAGCCCCAAGCCCAGAGUCAAGUCUGCUCUUGCAGAGCUUCCGCCUCUCCGGCGGACCAAUAUUAUGAUCGACCCAUUGCCCAUCUCCAAGGAGAAGGAGGCAGUUCUCUCGCGUACCAGGCCGUCAUGGUUGCCACCGAAAGAUCCGGCGGAAGAGAAGAAGCAUAUCAAGGAAUACCAGAGAAUGAUGGUGACCAGCCUCGAGGCUGAGAAGAAGCGCGAGGCGCUGCGAAAGCAGAAAGAGGAGAAGAAGGAUAACGAUGCAAACGAGCUCAUCCGCAUUUGGGAGGUCAAUGUACUGAACCGGUGGGAUGCUGCGAUUCGCGAGCGGUCCGCCAGGGAGCUGUGGUGGAAGGGCAUUGCUCCUCGCUACAGAGGCACAGUCUGGACGCGAGCAAUCGGCAACGAGCUGAGUUUGUCCGAGUCAUCAUAUGAGGCAGCAUUGGCACGAGCCUGCGAAGUCGAGGAGCGAGUCGCCGCUGGAAAAGCUACCGUCGAGGACGAACGUCGUGCGGCUUGGUUCACCCGCAUCCGGGCCGAUGUAGAGGACAAGACCUGGACCGAUCUCAAGAUUUUCCAGCGGACCGGCCCAUUGCACGAGAGCUUGGUCAACGUCCUUCGAGCGUAUGCCAUGUACCGCAGCGAUAUUGGGUACCUCGAUGGAUGUAGUGCUGUUGCAGCGAUUCUCUUGCUCAACCUCCCUUCGCCCGCUGUUGCCUUUAUGGCUUUGGCGAACACGCUCAACCGACCCAUUCCUCUAUCAUUCCAAGCUUCUGAUGCUGGGGCGAAAUCAUCCGCAUACAACCUCGUGCUGGAAAUGAUAUCCAAGAAGGCGCCUCAGCUGUAUCGACACCUUACGAACACCGAGUUGAGCCUCGAUCCUGAGCUCUAUCUUGGUGAAAUCUUCACCACUCUCUUCACGCAGCACCUGAGUCUCGACGAGUGUACACGACUUUGGGACGUGUUCACAUUCGAAGGGGACGCCAUACUUGUCAGAGCAGCCGUCGCUUUGGUACUCGAAAAGAAAAUAGCCUUGCUGCGUUGCUCCACUCCCGCGGAGCUGCGAAACGCUUUGACUGAGCGAACAAUCAUCUCGGAGAAGGGCCACGAUGAUGCCUUCAUGGGGCGCGUCCGUGAUGCCGGUAAGGCGUGA